AGGUGGCUCCUCUUUCCCGGCCGUCCCUUCCCCAUUUCCGGCGGAAGCGGAUCAACAAGGGAAACUUUAUUGUUCCCUUGCGGCGGUGUCGGCGACGAUGUCGGUGAAUUAUGCAGCCGGGCUGUCGCCAUACGCGGAUAAGGGCAAGUGUGGGCUGCCCGAGAUCUUCGACCCCCCUGAGGAGCUGGAGCGCAAGGUAUGGGAGCUGGCACGGCUGAUGUGGCAGUCCUCCAGCGUGGUUUUCCACACGGGCGCCGGCAUCAGCACCGCCUCCGGCAUCCCCGACUUCAGAGGCCCCCAUGGCGUGUGGACCAUGGAAGAGCGUGGCCUGGCCCCCAAGUUUGACACCACCUUCGAGAGCGCCCGGCCCUCGAAGACCCACAUGGCCCUGGUGCAGCUGGAACGUGUGGGCUUCCUCAGCUUCCUGGUCAGCCAGAAUGUAGAUGGGCUGCAUGUGCGCUCAGGCUUCCCCAGGGACAAGCUGGCUGAGCUCCACGGAAACAUGUUUGUGGAGGAAUGUCCCAAGUGUAAGAUGCAGUACGUGAGAGACACAGUCGUGGGCACCAUGGGCCUCAAGGCCACAGGCCGGCUCUGCACAGUGGCCAAGGCAAGGGGACUAAGGGCCUGUAGGGGGGAGCUGAGGGACACCAUUCUGGACUGGGAGGAUGCACUGCCUGAACGGGACCUGAUGCUCGCUGACGAGGCCAGCAGGACCGCAGACCUGUCAGUCACCCUGGGCACCUCGCUGCAGAUCCGCCCCAGUGGAAACCUGCCCCUUGCCACUAAGCGCCGGGGAGGCCGUCUGGUCAUUGUCAAUCUACAGCCGACAAAACAUGACCGUCAGGCUGACCUACGCAUCCAUGGCUACGUGGAUGAGGUGAUGAGCAAGCUCAUGAAGCAUCUGGGGCUGGAGAUCCCCACCUGGGAUGGACCUUGCGUGCUGGACAAGGCCCUGCCACCCUUGCCACGCCCAGCUGCACCCAAGACUGAGCCCCCUGCACAUCUCAAUGGCUCAGUGCACGUUGCGUGUAAGCCAGAGCCCAACAGCUCUGUACCCCACAGGCCCCCCAAAAGAGUAAAGACCGAGGCUGCCCCCAGCUGACCGGGGUGUGUGGGGUGGGAGGGGUACUUGUAGGAACCACACACGUUAGGAUUUUUUGUUUUGUUUUUGUAUGCUGAGGACUGAGCCUGGGCUUGCACACACCACACCCCGCCUUUUUCAGAAGUUUCCUUGAAAUCUGGGUUUCCUAAGUCGCUCAGGCUGGUCUUGAACUCACAGCUGUAGCCCAAGCUGGCAUAGAGCUUGCGCCCUGCUCUCCUCAGCCUCCACAGUGGCAAGGGUGGCUAGCGGAUGCCACCAGGCCCAGCACAGCUCCUUGGGAGUCUCACUGUAUCCCUUGUCCGCGUCCCUCCCGGGAAUCUCGGGACACUGGGAGAGGCUGUGUCCCAGGGCCGAGGAUUCACGUGCCUAUCUACCUGCCACACCCCACUUGUGACUCAGGAUGUGCCCAAGCGGUAGCCACACACUCCACCUGCCACCCCUUGAUCCAGAGCCACCAGGAACCCAUCUACACUAAGGGCCCCAGGCUUCUGGAAACCCCCAAUGCAAUAAACAUGGAAUUCCUUUCUUUUUUUU